UCCUCCCCGGCCCCUGGUCGCCUCCCUCCGCCGCCGCCCCGGGCCGGCUCCGCGCCCCCUCCCCGGCCCCCGCCCGUGCGCCCUCCCGCUUGCCCGUCGCCCAGAUGGCGCCCCGGGUCCCCUUUGCACGGGGCCACUAGCACCCUCGCUGUCGUCUGCCCUCCCCCGUCCUGCCCUCGCUCGCUCGCUCCUCUCGCUCGCUGGCUCAGCGAGGACUCGGGCGUCCACGGCGCCCAGCUUUUUCGAGCUCGCGUCCCCAGGUCGGCUGGGGGGGGGAGGGGAAGAGAGGGGACCCCGGCAUCCCCCCCCCCCCCACCCGGCCGCCCCUGUCCCCUUCCCUCUCGGGACCCCAGAGAAGAUGUCUUCGAGGACGGCGCUAGCCCCGGGCAACGAUCGGAACUCGGACGCGCAUGGCACCUUGGGCAGUGGUCGAUCCUCAGACAAAGGGCCAUCCUGGUCCACCCGCUCCUUGGGUGCCCGUUGCCGGAACUCUAUUGCUUCCUGCCCGGAGGAACAACCCCAUGUGGGCAACUACCGCCUGCUGAGGACCAUCGGGAAGGGCAACUUCGCCAAAGUCAAGCUGGCCCGGCAUAUCCUUACGGGUCGGGAGGUUGCUAUCAAGAUCAUUGAUAAAACGCAGCUGAACCCCAGUAGCCUGCAGAAGCUGUUCAGAGAAGUCCGAAUCAUGAAGGGACUCAACCACCCCAACAUCGUGAAGCUUUUUGAGGUGAUAGAGACAGAGAAGACGCUGUACCUGGUGAUGGAAUAUGCCAGCGCAGGAGAAGUGUUUGACUACCUCGUGUCGCAUGGCCGCAUGAAGGAGAAGGAGGCCCGAGCCAAAUUCCGACAGAUUGUGUCUGCCGUGCACUACUGUCACCAGAAGAACAUCGUCCACAGGGAUCUAAAGGCUGAGAACCUGUUACUGGAUGCCGAGGCCAACAUCAAAAUUGCCGACUUCGGGUUCAGCAAUGAGUUCACACUGGGCUCGAAGCUGGACACCUUCUGUGGGAGCCCCCCGUACGCCGCCCCAGAGCUGUUCCAGGGCAAGAAGUACGAUGGGCCAGAGGUGGACAUUUGGAGCCUUGGAGUCAUCCUGUACACGCUGGUCAGCGGCUCCCUGCCCUUUGAUGGGCACAACCUCAAGGAGCUGCGGGAGCGAGUUCUCAGAGGAAAGUACCGAGUCCCCUUUUACAUGUCUACAGACUGCGAGAGCAUUCUGCGGAGAUUUCUGGUGCUGAACCCCGCAAAACGCUGUACUCUAGAGCAAAUCAUGAAAGACAAAUGGAUUAACAUUGGCUAUGAGGGCGAGGAGCUGAAGCCAUACACGGAGCCCGAGGAGGACUUCGGGGACACCAAGAGAAUUGAGGUAAUGGUGGGUAUGGGCUACACACGGGAAGAAAUCAAAGAGGCCUUGACCAGCCAGAAGUACAACGAGGUGACCGCCACCUACCUCCUGCUGGGCAGGAAGACUGAGGAGGGUGGGGACCGGGGUGCCCCAGGGCUGGCCCUGGCACGGGUGCGGGCACCCAGCGACACCACCAACGGGACGAGCUCCAGCAAAGGCAGCAGCCACAACAAAGGGCAGCGGAGUUCUUCCUCCACGUACCACCGCCAACGCCGGCAUAGCGACUUCUGUGGCCCGUCCCCUGCCCCACUGCACCCGAAGCGCAGCCCCACCAGCACCGGGGAGACGGAGCUCAAAGAAGAGCGGCUGCCGGGCCGGAAAGCCAGCUGCAGCGCGGCGGGGAGCGGGAGCCGAGGGUUGCCCCCAUCCAGCCCCAUGGUCAGCAGUGCCCACAACCCCAACAAGGCAGAGAUCCCCGAGCGGCGGAAGGACAGCAUGAGCACCCCUAACAACCUCCCCCCUAGCAUGAUGACCCGAAGAAACACCUAUGUGUGCACAGAGCGACCAGGGGCCGAGCGCCCGUCCUUGUUGCCAAAUGGCAAAGAAAACAGCUCCGGUACCUCGCGGGCGCCCCCUGCUUCCCCCUCCAGUCACAGCCUGGCUCCCCCAUCGGGAGAGCGGAGCCGCCUGGCUCGGGGCUCCACCAUCCGCAGCACCUUCCACGGGGGCCAGGUCCGAGACCGGAGGGCGGGGGGCGGCAGUGGCGGGGGUGUGCAGAACGGACCCCCAGCCUCACCCACGCUGGCCCACGAGGCCUCGCCCCUGCCCUCCGGGCGGCCCCGCCCCACCACCAACCUCUUCACCAAGCUGACCUCCAAACUGACCCGAAGGGUUACCCUCGAUCCCUCUAAACGGCAGAACUCUAACCGCUGUGUCUCGGGCGCCUCUCUGCCCCAGGGAUCCAAAAUCAGGUCGCAGACGAACCUGAGAGAAUCGGGGGACCUGAGGUCACAAGUUGCAAUCUACCUUGGGAUAAAGCGGAAACCGCCCCCCGGCUGCUCCGAUUCCCCUGGAGUGUGAAGCUGACCAGCUCUCGUCCUCCUGAGGCCCUGAUGGCUGCCCUGAGACAAGCCACCGCAGCCGCUCGCUGCCGGUGCCGUCAGCCGCAGCCCUUCCUGCUGGCCUGCCUGCACGGGGGUGCGGGCGGGCCCGAGCCCCUGUCCCAUUUCGAAGUAGAGGUGUGCCAGCUGCCCCGGCCCGGUCUCAGGGGCGUCCUCUUCCGCCGAGUGGCGGGCACCGCCCUGGCCUUCCGCACCCUCGUCACCCGCAUCUCCAAUGACCUCGAACUCUGAGCCACCACCACCACCACCACCACCGCCACAGCCACCAUCACAGCCUGGGUCCCUUCCUCUUUCUCUGGGACCUUUCACUUCCCCAAGAGGGGAAGGGGACAGAAGAGGGGGAGCCCCAUAUCUUGACCUCAGUUUCCCUGGAUUAGAUUGGUGGACAGAGACAGUCCUCUUGGCUAUCGUGGGGACACAUGACGUGAUAAAAUAAGGCUUGGCAGGGGGAGCUAGUACCCUCCUGGGGCCUCUAGUGCCCCCUUGCUCUGCUGCAGGGAGCCUGAGGAGACUUUGGGCACAGGAGUGAAAAGGGAAACUGAGGAAAUUCUCCCAUUCAGGGAGACCUGCCAGGCAUAAUGACUGAACUUGGGGGUGCAGGGAGUGGGGGGGCCACAGGCAGAAACUUUCCCUCCCUCCCCUUAUGCUCGAACCCCCUUCCUGCCCCAGGCUGGCGCGGGGCACUUUGUACAAAUCCCUGUAUAUACUCCUGUCCCUCUGCAGAGGUCUCGGGGAGCUGCCGCUGUCACUCCGGUUUUUAAGUUAUUGCCCCCCCUUCUGUCAGCUCCUCAUCUGCAGCCUGUUACCCAAUAAAUAAUAGGAGAGUCCCUCUGGCCCCCGAACCCCUCCCUGGCCGACCUGGGGUUUUGCUUCCCGGCCCUUGGCCUGCAGGUGAGCCAGGGAGCUGGGGACUUGACCCCAACCUGUGGUUCUGCUUGCUGAGCCUUGGUUAUCUCAUCUGCAGAAUGGGAACAGUGGGGUUGGAGGGUCAAGGGUGACUGGAAGAGGUCAGAGCAGAACUCAGCCUCCUCAGUGAGGCCCAGCGUUCUGUCUAACCCUCCUCUUGGCGACCUGCUCCCCUCUGCCGUAUUACACUGGACUCAAAGCCUCUUCCUAUUCAGUAAUACAUGUAUUCAAUAAACACUCAUGACUGGUGCCGACUCCACGCUAGGCCCAGUUCUGGACAGAG